AUGUGCCUAAUCUGCACCCGCAAUAUCCGCCGCAACGACGGCUGGAAACCGCCCCCGCUGUCCGAAGACGACGAAGAAGACGACAGCCCGCGCCCAGGCUCCUACACCAUACCACCCCAGAAAACAAUCGUCCAGCCCGCGCCCAGCCACUCCGCCCACCCAACCUUCGCCGCCUACGAAGUCCCAGAACCAACCCCUGAAACAGAAUCUGCCCUCCGCCCCCUCCGUGCCCCCUUCGGCUGCGUCGUCUAUGACACAACCGCCACCGCCCGGUCACCCCGCACCGCCCGCCUCGCGCGCGCCUUAUUCGACCGCACCACCAUGUGCCGCCGCAUCGACAAGUCCCGUGACUCGCCAGACCGGAUCGAAGUCGUCACCUUCCCCCUGCCAGAGACCGCAUCAAACCAAGAACGCGCAGAGGCGUGCGUCGCCCACUACGAGCGGGAGGUUGAGAGUCGUAUGGCCAUGGCCGACAAGGCCGAGUUGGUCUCGUGGUUCCUGCCUGAGCGCUUUAUGGACAGCUAUUACUCGCGAAUGAUCCUGGCGAUCAAGAGGUUCGAGGUGGACGACGAUGACGACGUUGAGAUCGCGUCUUGGGAGCCGGCGCUAACUCGGGAACGUUUCGCCAUGUCGGUGAGAAGGACUGAGAGCCGCUAUGGCAGCUAUCUCCUCAUUAAAUGGUUGCCCCAAAAGGAGCUAUUUGCUGAAGUCGACAACCCGGGUUAUACCGCCCAAAAACGUGUUGUCUGCGGUGGUGAGUUCGCAUUCGAAAAUAUUGGUUCAGGCCUCAGGGACGCGACGAAUGAAGUUGCUGUGUUUUACUACCACUACGUCCAAGAUGGUUUACUCGACCAACAUCUAGAAAACGCAAGAGCGACUCGACAGAUUUUGUCAGAUAAGGCAGAGGAAGAUCAUCACCAACAGGGUCAAGACAUCAAAUAA